AUGACGGAGCACGAGCAUGGCCUCGGUGCUUCUGGCUUGAGGCGUAUUCGGCAACAACCUCCUCUUCGAGCUCCUACCCUACCUGCCCCGGAAUCGACAUCAUCCUCUCGUAACGCAUCCAUCGUAGCACCUCGUUCAGGCUCGAUGUCUUUAACAUUAUCAAACUCUCGAGUAACCUCUAUGAUUAUCCCUUCCGGACCUUCCUCACCAGUCCUGAAUUUUACAGAAGACCUCAGUCGGUUUCCAUCCGAAUCCUUACACUCCUUCUCCUUUGCACACCAGUCAGAGGAGUUCAUACACAACCGGCAGAACGUCUUGAAAAGAUCUGUGGAGUUCAUGUCACAAAAAUUAGGAUGGGGCAACACAAAUGCUGGAAUUGCAAGUGCUCAAGCCCGUGUAAGUGGGGAUCAAGAAAUGCAAGGAAUGCUGGAGCUCCUGGCGAGGGCUAAAGUAGUGGGAGCGAACAAUAUCCCAGGAUUUGUGCAAUCGCACUUGGCCGGGCCUUUGACAGGACCAGCGAUUUCUGAGGAUUCCGGGAACAUAUUCGAGACUAGUUUCCUCCCACGGUCAGAAAGUCCAGACGAGUUCUUCGAAAGUCCUCGAUCCUCGCCUUUGACAACCAAGAGACCUGCUCUACCGACUACAGAUGAAGACCCAACGAAGAAAAGUGAAACGGAAAACCUGAAGGAAGUUCCAAAUCUACUCCUUCAAAUUGACUCUGAUAGCGCUUCUUCCCGGACACCCACGAACGAGAGUCGAACAACUGCCAAAACGUCUCCUCCUGUCACAAGGCGUGCAAGUUUGAAGCGUACAUUCACAGAUACGGCACCUUUGUCUCUACAAAAUAGGUUGAUGGACGCUUUGGCUCAGCCAUAUAUAGCUGGCGAUUUUCUGCAUGAACCACUACUCUCCCCAACUGUUCCCCAAUCUGCUGGAGCUUCGUUCGGCGUCUCAACUCCUCAUCCUUUAGGUCCUGCGGUACACGGCCACUCUAGCAGGUGGUCGCCAGCAGCACAAGCUAUAUUCACCACGGAAAGCACCGCGCCAUAUACAAUUUUGGCUGCAAAUGAUCUUGCAUGUCUUGUUUUUGGAGUUACUAAGGCGGAAGUGCGAAAAAUGGGUAUUAUGGAAGUUGUCCGAGAAGAAAGGAGAGCAUGGUUAGAAGAGAAGUUGGCGGCGCCGGGGCCAACUGGAGCAUCAGAAUCCGGGCGAUCAAGUCCAAGGUCACCUCAAAGUCAACAACCGAGUCCCACACCUUCAACGAGUAAUUUUCUACUGGGCAGAUCCGGUGGUGUCACUGCAGCCCUUCUCAGUCGACCAAAUUCACGACAAUCUCAAAAACCUCCGAGAAGAGCACAAACAGACGACGGUGCUGGAUCCAGUAUGGUUCAACGAACAAAGGUGGUCAAAGGCGGUUUGUAUCACCCGAACAAUAAAUCCCGAGGCGUCUUACUUUGUGGAGAUGUUGUACCAAUCCAGAAGCGCAACGGUGCUACCGGUUCAGCCAGUCUGUGGGUGAAGGAAAAGAAGGCUGGCCUAAUAUGGGUUCUCGAGGAAAUACACGAAGAUGUUGCUGUGCUCAGUCUCGAUGAAGACGCAAUGGUGACCAAGAUCACAGGGUCAACAGGUCCAAUCUGGGGAGAAAACAUCACGAGGGUGGGCAUGGAUGUCGGUAAGCUCAUUCCUAGAAUACCACGGCAGGGUAUCGAUGGCAAGAGCGGAGAGCUUGAUUAUGCCGAGAUCUCGAAAAGAAGAUACUUCACUGCUCGGAACUCAGGGCGUGUCAAUAUACCUUGUAUGAUCGAUAGGGUACCAGAUGGGACCGACCUGAGAGUGUCCAGCUUUCCCCAUAUAGCUGGAAUUAUGGUGCUCUCCGCUCAGACGCUCACAAUCACAAGUUCUAACUCGGUAUUCUCAGCGGCUCUUUUCGGACAAGAGAAACCGGAUGGACGGCCGAUCACUGACCUGAUACCGGACUUUGAUCGAAUGCUGAGAAUCCUUACUGAAGAAGAUGGUGUCCACCUUGUUGACGGCAUUGUCAUCCCCGAGCACAGCUUCCGCCGUGCAAGAGCUUUCCUAGCUUUACGAGAUGGCAAAGCAGACGCGGCGUCUUAUUUCCUUCGACCAGAUGGAUUACCAGCCAAGCACAGAGAUGGUUUAGAGAUCAAAAUAGAUGCACAACUGAGAGUUGUGAAGUCGGAUAGCAAUCCUCCCCCAGUCUUCGACGAGAACGUGAUUGAAGAGAGAAGUGAUGAAGAAAACGAUCACGUCAAGCCGCCGAAACCUGAACCCUCAAGCGAACUUGUCUAUGCCUUAUGGAUUACUUAUUCACGACACAUCCACGCCUCCAGACAAAACCUUGGAGCUGCUUCUCCAUUACUCUCUGGAGCGGUUACGCCUUUGCACCAACCAUCACCUGGUCAGACCGAAAUCGCUAGUCCUAUUGAGAUGGAGUCAUCAGAUGAAGAGCCCAAGAAGGAGCGAUCCCACGCGUCUUUGCUGACUGCUCAACUUAAGGCUGCUGCUAAGAAAACAGCCGCGAAGCUCACAGGUCGUGAGCCACCUGCAAAAGUGGAAGAGAAGAAGGCAGACCCAGUACCAGAUAUCGUUGAGCCAGCUCAUAAGAAAACUAUUGAUGAUUUUGUCAUUCUCGAGGAGAUGGGUCAAGGUGCUUAUGGUCAGGUCAAACUUGCACGAUACAAGAAAAAUGGCAAUAGGAAAAUGGUUCUGAAAUAUGUCACGAAGCGCCGUAUUCUGGUUGAUACCUGGACUAGGGACCGACGAUUAGGCACAGUUCCAUUGGAAAUUCACGUUCUCGAUUACCUUCGAAGGGACGGGCUGAAGCACCCCAAUAUUGUCGAAAUGGCCGACUUCUUUGAGGAUGAUGUCAAUUACUACAUUGAGAUGAUUCCGCAUGGCCUACCAGGAAUGGACCUCUUCGACUAUAUUGAGCUUCGGGUGAAUAUGGAGGAGGACGAGUGCAGAAGCAUCUUCGUUCAAGUCGCAAGAGCUAUCCACCAUCUUCACACCAAGGCCUUUGUGGUCCAUCGUGACAUCAAGGACGAGAAUGUGAUCUUGGACGGCGAGGGGAACAUCAAGCUCAUUGACUUUGGCAGUGCUGCGUAUAUCAAGAACGGACCCUUCGAUGUUUUUGUUGGAACUAUUGAUUACGCAGCACCAGAAGUCCUGGCUGGCAAGCCCUAUCGCGGCAAAGAGCAAGAUGUCUGGGCACUUGGCAUCCUCCUCUACACAAUCGUCUACAAAGAGAAUCCUUUCUACAGCAUCGACGAGAUCAUGGACCGCGACCUCAGAGUUCCGUAUGUGAUGAGCGACGACAGCAUCCAUCUCAUCCGAGCAAUGCUGGACCGUGAUCUCGACAAGCGGAUCACCAUCGAGCAAGUCCUUGAGCAUCCUUGGUGUCAGCAGCCCGAGGAUGAUUGA